CACACUUCUAACAUUUUGAAAGGAAAUCGCAUGGCUUCCAACAAAAUAAAGAUCGGACAAUACAAUGUUUUACAGACCCUCGGUGUUGGCUCUUUUGGCAAAGUUAAAUUGGCUGUACACACUGUAACAGGCCAUAAAGUAGCCAUGAAAUUCAUCAACAGAAGAAAAAUAGCUAAUCUGGAUAUGCUUGGAAGAGUGAAACGCGAAAUUCAAUAUUUAAAGCUCCUCCGUCACCCGCAUAUAAUCAAAUUAUACGAAGUAAUCACUAUGCCAACUGACAUUAUUAUGGUGAUGGAAUAUGCUAGGGGUGAAUUGUUCAAUCUCAUCGUAGAAAAAGGCAAGAUGUGCGAAGAUGAUGCUCGACGAUUUUUCCAACAGAUCAUUUGUGCUGUAGAGUAUUGCCAUCGUCAUAAGAUCGUCCACAGAGAUCUAAAGCCAGAAAACCUUCUUCUGGAUCCGUAUCAUAAUGUUAAAAUUGCGGAUUUCGGGUUGUCGAAUAUCAUGACCGAUGGUGAAUUUCUGAAAACCAGUUGUGGAAGUCCAAAUUAUGCUGCUCCUGAAGUUAUAUCUGGGAGGUUAUAUGCUGGUCCUGAAGUAGACGUAUGGAGUUGUGGAGUUAUUCUAUUUGUCAUGCUUUGUGGACGUCUGCCUUUUGAUGAUGAAUACAUACCAACAUUAUUCAAAAAAAUAAAUGGUGGAAUAUAUACACUUCCGCCAUUUUUAUCACCAGAUACCAAAGAUUUGUUAAAAUCUAUGUUGGUUGUGGAUCCUUUAAAAAGAAUCACCAUCCAGGAAAUAAGACAAACAUCGUGGUUUAAUGUUGGUUUACCUGAUUAUUUAAAACCCCUUCCAGACAACGAUGAAGUAUCUUUUGGUGAAAUUGAUGAUAAUAUUGUUUCGGAAAUUCACAAGAAAAUGGGAUUUAGUAAAGACACCAUAUAUAAGGCGUUACAGGAAAUUGAAAAUAAUCAGAUAAAAGUUGCUUAUCAACUCGUUGUUGAUCACAAACGAAUGAUAAAUGCUGGGAGGAUGUCCGGACAAAAAAAUAUACAGAGUUUUUUGGCAGCGUCCCCUUCCUGGGACACACUUCUUCAGGUAAGCGUGGACGAGGAUGAUGAUGAACCGCCCAGUAUAGCUUUAGACGCGGAUGAAGAAGAUAAUGAACCGUCCAGUAUAGCUAUAUUAAGCUCAAGCCUACCACCUGUUGAUGAAUUUCCCAAAG